AUGAAAUUAAACGAUCAAAAAAGCAACAGUCAACUAACCAUAUUUCCUUAAGCUUAUAAUACAAAUAUGACUGCAGCCUAUAAAUAUUUAUCAAGAGAGUCAAGUGUAAUAAAAAAUGAUAAUUAAAUAUUGAAAUCUCCAUCAUCAAACUAAUUAUAUAUUGCAUCAAAUAGAGGAAGUGAUAAGAAAGUAAGAAUUUAAGAAUCUGCCUCUAAAGGAUCAGUAUAAUUUAAAAGUACAGCAUAAUUUGGUAGAUCAUCAACUGAUUUAAUCUAAGUUCCUCCAAUGAGAAGUCUUAACAGAGAGGAUAGAGAAAAACUAAUAGCCACUCUUAUUCAAUAGGUUAAAUAGUAGAAUCAAUUAAUUGUGUAGUUGGAAGAUAGAGUAUAAUCAUAAGCAGAAUAAUUAGAUGAAUUAAAUCUCUAUAAUGAAAAAUAUGAACAAAAGGAGAAAUGUUAUGGAGAGAUUAUUUCAAAUUAAAAUAAAAUUAAUUCAAGAAGUAAUUAUAAAUAAAAAAUAUUAUUUAGUAUAACAAAUAGCGGAACUUAGACAAUUAGAAUAAGGAACUACUAAUGAUUAAUUAGAACUCUUAAAUUAAAUAUAUGAACACGAAGUUGAUAUGGAUAUGGCAAUCAAGUGGAGAGAUGCUAGGUUGAAAUUUAAUUUUUUAGAUGCUUUCUCUAAAGCUGCUAAGUAUUCUAAAAAGUUGAAUAGCAUUCUUGUUAGAAAAUAAACUAAAUAAUUGAAGGAAUCUUUUAAGGGAUGGAAAUUUUAUAUCUAAAACAAAGCCUUAUUAAAUUAACUCAAUGAUGUUAGAAAACUUAGGACUGUUAUUAAUUUUUGGAUGAAAUGGAAACAAUAUAUAUCAGAAAAAAAAUAAUAUGAUAAGAAUCUUAAAAUAUCAAUUCAAUUCUAUAAUCAAAAUGUGAAAAGAAAAUGUUUUAUUAAAUUGAAAUAAAAUUAUCUAAAAUACAAUUUUAGUUUUAAAGAUUAUUAAUAAAUUACUUAAUCUGCAAUAAAUGAAUUUAAUAGAAUUAAGUUAUUUAAAGUAAAAUAAUAUUAUUAAUUAUUAUAGGUUUUCAGUAAAUGGACUUUAUGGAUUAAAAAAUAGAAUUAAAAAUAGCAAAUAAUUUAUUAACAUAUAAAUAAUAGACGUACAAAGUAGAUGAAAGGUUUAAUACGUUUUUUGAGAUAGAAUUGUGAUUAUCAUAAGGAGAGAGCGAAUAAAAUAGUGAAAUAGAGAGGAUAGAUAAAGUUAAGAAAGUUAUUUAGUUAAUUGAGAGAGAAUUGGAAAUAGAAUAAAUAUAGAGAGAAUCAAAUUAAAUUAAAUAGGAAUUUCUUUAUAAAGAUGAGAGAAUUUAAGUAAUGGAUUAGAGAAUAUUAAAAACUAUCAAGAUUGAAUUGGAUAAGCGUUAAGGUUGUAGAAAAGAGGGAGACUUAAUUUUUAUAGAGAUGUAUAUGAAUAGAAUUAAUAGUUUUUAGUAUUUGAUACAUUGAAAAAUGAUGCAAAUUAUAGUAAAAUGAAGAGAUAGAAUGAAAUAUUGUUAAGCAAGAAAUAUGACAAUAGAGUAUUAAAUUGGGCAUUUAUGCAUUGGUUAAGCAAUCUAUUAAAAAAGAAGAAUUUAUUAGUAAAGGAAUAAAAUGUAGUAAUAUUGAAACAGAAGGAUAUAGAUUAUUAGUAAUAAAAUGAUGUAUAGAACUUAAAAUAAAUGUACGAUAGUGUUUCAUAGUAAUUGGGGAAUUAGGAGGAACAAAUAAAUAAUUAUAAAAUAUUGAUAUCUAAUUAAAAAGAAGUGGAACAUGAAUUGUAGAUGCAAUAGUAUAUAUAGAUUAUAUGAUAUAAAGUGAUUAUUUAAAAUAGGAGUUAGCAACAACGAAAGAUUAAUUGGUUCAUUAUUAGAUGGAGGGAGAUGAAGUUAGAAUCUUGAAGGAAUAAUAUACAUUAGCUUAAUAAUAAUUGAAAGAGUUGAGAAUGCAAUAAAAAUGUAAUGUUUUAGUUGUUCUAUAGUAAAGUGGGUUCUCCUAUUAGAAAUCUAUAGAGUAGUAGUAUCAAUGGAGAUAAUGAUUAAUUAAGAAAGUAAGUGGAGAUCAGUUCUACAUUACUUAAUGAUUAGAAAUAAGAGUAUAAUUAAUUGUAAAUGGAAUAUUCAAGGAUAGUUGGAGAUUAUGAAAAGAAGAUUAAAGAUAUUGAAAAGUAUUUUGUAGAUUUAUGUGAUAAAUAAAAAUUACAGAUUGAAAGAUGUAAUCAUUAAAAAUAUAGUAUGUAGUAUUGAAAGAGAAUUAAUCUAUUAAAAUUGAGAAUUAGUAGAAUGUUGUUUCCAGAAAUAAACUAAUGGAUGAAUUGAAUAUGAUUCAUGAAUCUUUUAGAGAGGAUUUACCAUAACAAUAACGUAAUAACUUUUAGACUCAAGAUUCUUAUGAAUAAUAACAUUUGCCUUACAAUAGAAGACUAAAGUCUAAUUUAUAUAGUCAAACAUCACCUAUUUCAGAAAAUUAAUACUCUCAAAAUUCUCCAUUUAAAAAAGUAUAGAUUGAAGAUAGGUAUCUAUCUAUUCAUAUUAUUUUUAAAGAAGAAUCAAAGAAGAAGCAUGUAAUUUAAGAGAAGAUAUUAAACGAAGAUUGGCAUCUUUAAAAACUUAGAUGGAUUGUUAAUCAUGA